CGCAUCUGCGCUUGCAUACUUCGUAUAUCGAUUAUCGAAUCAGGCUCGCAGCGAAGGGGGGGAAAUCUGAUUCCUGCAUCACUUGCUACCAUACCUUGCCCUGCUUGCCACACCCACCAAAUGUCUGCAGCUGCAGUCGCUACCUGGGCCUUUGUGCUCUUGGCUACGUGUGCCGCCUGGAAUGUUUUGUCUUGUUGGCGAUCCCCACUGCGCCGAUACCCGGGACCAUUCCUAGCCAGAUGGACCAACCUAUGGCGCUUCUACCACACCCUGCGAGGUGACAUACACCUCGUCAACCUGCGCGCGCACCAAAGGUACGGCCCCGUGGUCAGGACGGGACCCAACCAGCUGGACCUGGACCUCCCCGCCCUCGUCAAGACCAUCUACUCGUCCGACGGCCGCUUCCGCAAGACCGACUUCUACCCGCCGGCCUCCACGGUCGUCGACGGCCGCGUCGCCUACAACCUCUUCAGCCUGCGCGACCCGGCCGAGCACGCGCGCCAGAAGCGGCCCGUCGCGAAGCACUACUCCCUGGCCGGCACGCUCGCGCUGCAGCCCCACGUCGACGAUACCAUUCGUCUGCUGCGCCGCAGCCUGGACGAGCGUUACGUGGGGGCUGAUGGGUUCGGUGAGGGGUUUGACCUUGGCGAAUGGGUAAAAAUGUACGCCUGGGACGUCAUUGGUCAGGUCACCUUUAGCAAGCACUUUGGCUAUCUCUCGUCGGGCAGGGACUUUGAUGGCCACCUGUGGAUGUCGGACAGGGGUGCCGACUACCUGUCUAGCGUCAGCCAGAUCCCCUGGCUCGACCGCAUCGUCGACAAGAACCCAAUCUUCCCCGUCGGCGGCGCGACCGCGCUGCUCGGUCCGACCAUGAAGCGGCUCGACGACAGGUAUGCGGGCCGCGACGACCGCGAUCCGGUCCAGGCGGCCGCCCAGCCGGACUUUCUGGACAGGUUCCUGGAGGUGCAGCGUGCGCAGCCGGACGUCGUCGACCGCCAGCGCGUCCUCAGCUACCUGUCCAUCAACAUGCUCGCCGGUGCAGACACCACCGCCAUCACCAUCAAGGCCGUCCUGUACUAUGCGCUCCGGACGGAUGGGGUUUGGGGCAGGUUGGUCACCGCCUGCGAGGAUGCCGGGUUGGCAGCAGGUGAGAUUGCUUCUUUUGCUCAGGCCCGUGCUGUUCCCUAUCUCGAGGCCGUGGUGCGCGAGGCCAUGCGCCUGCAUCCCGGCGUGGCCAUGGUGCUGCCGCGAUGCGUGCCGGACGGCGGGCUGGAGUUGCCCGAUGGAAACGUGGUGCCGCCUGGGACCAGCGUCGGAAUGAAUCCGUUCGUGCUGGGACGGAACAGGACGGUCUGGGGCCCGGAUGCGGAUGACUUUAGACCCGAGCGGUGGCUGCGGGCGGACGGCGAGACGGAGGAGGCGUUUGCGGUGAGGUUGGCGGCUAUGAACGCUGCCGAUCUGACCUUUGGCGCCGGAUCCAGAGUGUGUCUGGGUAAGCACCUCGGGCUGCUGCAGGCGUACAAGGUGGUGGCGACCUUGGCCGUCUCUUAUGACCUGGAGAUGCUGGAGCCGGAAAAGGAGUGGUGGGUGCGGUCUGCGUUUUUCAUGAGGCAAGGAGAGCUCAAGGUGAGUAUGAGACGGAGGGAUUAGUCGGGCAUGAGAGAGCAUAGAGGCCUCGCGUGCAGCAACCUGCGCCAAGUCGAUGUAUAUAUCAUGGUUUGCUCAUAGCGUAGCAUAAACUGAUUCAGCAGCGGGAUACUGCUUCAUCUGACAG